GAUAAUCGUUUCUGAUGCCUAACUCUCGAUUAGAUAGUGACCGGUAAUAAAUACCUAUCCACAAUCCAGUGAUCUUCAGUUGCUUUGAAUAGUGAAACGAGCAGCAUACACCAAAAAUGGCAAUCCUCACUUACGUUUAUAUCUUCGCGGUGCUUUUCAUCGCUGAUUCGAUGCAAGCAACGUACCUGCCCUGUAAGAGUGGUCCAGUCCCCGAAAGCGUGUCAAUCCUGGGAUGCAGCUCUGUGCCCUGCAAUCUGGUGAGAGGGACCAACGUCGAGGGUCGUAUUAACUUCAAAGCGGUUUCGAGCACAAAGUCCCUGAGACCAGUGGUCGAUGUCGAACUUGGAGCCAUUCACACGCCAUACCCAUUACCGGAACAAAAUGCCUGCAGGAAUCUUGUAAGCGGACAAUGCCCACUGCAGAAAGGAGACUCAGCUACCUACCUCCUGAAGAUGCCCGUUGAAAAGAGUUAUCCAAAAGUCGCUCUGACUAUCCAAUUAUCUUUGGUCGAUGAAAACAACAACGCCGAAGUAUGCUUCAAGAUCCCAGCUAAGGUUGUCGACUAAGUUUAAGGUUACGACUGAUAACGAGAUGAUUCUUUAAUUCAAUGGUACAUAUAUGUUCCCACGCCCCCUUUUAAUUUAAAUAUAAUGUUAAAUAUACUGUAAUAAUAUCAAA